UCCAAUACAACAAUUACCAGUACCAGUACCAGAUCGACCACGGAUAAACCUGAAUGUACAACCAGCCAUCUCCAACGAGACGGCGAUCGAAGACGACAAUGAUCGCGUCAAUGAUGGCCUGAUAUAUGACUGUUUUGAUGAUGAGAGAGAUACUGUUGAAAGCAAGCAAUCUGUCAAUGGCAAGCCAGUGUAUGGCAAGAAUAGGACUGUCAUGUUCGUGCGCAUGCCCAAGUGUGCAAGCAGAACGUUUAUAUGGACAUCCGUGAGGUUACGACAGGUCCACCAUUUUGGAAAGCAAGUGAAUUUUGAGUACAUGCUGGAUGAUCACCCAGCACUGAAAAUCAGGAAUCUUAUGGACACAACAUUACAGAAAGCCGAGAAGGGUGCUAUAAUACACGGUCACUUCCGCUACAUUGACAUGUAUGGUUCACCCAAGAGACCCAUCCUGGUGAGCAUGCUCCGUGAUCCCGUCGACCGAUUCGAGUCUCAUUUUUACUUCAUGCGAAACGGUGAUCAAGAUAUGAGCAAAGAAUUCGUCUUAAAAAGACUAAGUCCAGGAAUGGCUCUGCCUAACGAGACAUUAGAUGACUGUAUAGAGAAAGACCGAGGAGACUGCACGUCGAGCUUGUUGCGUAACAUGUAUGUCACAUCAUUCUGUGGUUAUGAUCCAAGAUGCAGUGAGUAUCCCUCGUUUGCUUUGGAAGAAGCCAAACGCAACGUAGACAAGUUUUUAGUGAUCGGAGUGAUGGAAGAGUAUGAUCUCUCUAUGGCCGUCUUUGAAAAGCUAUUGCCAGAAACAUUUGGAGGAGCAGCGAAAAUCUACGAAGAGAACAAAGAACAUUCGAUGGAGAAAUCGAAAACAAACUACAAGAAACAGCCUUCUCCGAAAACAUACUCCAUUUUAAAACAACGGAUGAAGUACGACUACGCAUUCUACGAUUAUGUCAAGAAACGCCUGCAUAAAGUCGCAAAAAAGCUUCGUAUUGGAAAUUGUUCUGGUUCAUGAUAGCCAGGGUCGAAAAUUAAAUAAAAUUAACUUGAUCAGAUAGAAAUUCAAAUAAUUGUCGUCGUUUAUCAAACUGUUUUAAUUUCUUUUGAUAGCCCCCACUUUACUCAAAAAUAAAAACUCGCAAUUUUAGCCAUCUCGUAUACCUCAAAACUUUCCUAAUCGGAUGAGCCUAGCCUAUAAGGUUUUUAUCCGACAUAUGGCGCCAUAUAGAUGCUGUAAAUCAUCAUGUCCGUUGAUAGAAGUUGUUUAUAUCUAUUUACUUGAUUUACAUGAAAUUACUCGUUAUUU